GUCUGUACCAAAGUGAAGUGGGUGCAAGUGCAGAAGACCCCCAAGAAGAUGUGGUGAAUGUGGUGUACAUAGAUAGAUCAGGAAAGAGGAUUCCAGUGAAGGCUAAAGUGGGAGACAAUGCAAUGUACCUGGCCCAUAGGCACAACAUUGAACUGGAAGGAGCUUGCGAGGCGUCACUAGCUUGCUCAACGUGCCACGUGUAUGUGAACAGAGCCCAUGUCGACAAGCUACCAGAGCCUGACGAAAGAGAGGAUGACAUGCUGGACAUGGCCCCAGCGCUACAGGAGAACUCCAGACUUGGCUGUCAGAUCAUCCUCACCCAGGAGCUGGAGGGCAUCGAGCUUACCCUGCCUAAGGUCACCAGGAACUUCUACGUGGACGGCCAUGUUCCCAAACCACACUGAGGACACUACACUCCACACUAGCACUUACUACUUAGUGUGAAGCAAUGUAUUGGGCAUGGAUGUUUACACUCCACACUAGCACCCUACUUAGUGUGAAGCAACGUAUUGGGCAUGCAUUCUAAGUAGUAUGCUAGUAUGGAUGUUGGAACACGGCCCCCUCAGGACUGAGUCGUAAGAGAGAGAGUUGCAUUCUUUGAACUGUCGGCAGAUAUAAAGAGGUGAGCUGGGAUAGAGGAGGCUUGAAGGAUCCCCCACAAG